AAUGGUCCUAAAGCUCAGUCUUCAAAGUUGUCAGUGAUCGAUUGAAGUUGCAGUGAAGGAGAGAGAGAGAGAGAGAGAGAGAGAGAGCGAGCGAGCGAGAAAGAGAGAGAGACAGUUAAUAGAGAAAGAGAGCUUGUCGGUCUAAGAAAUUCUUAUUCUGUCCGUGUAUGAGAGAGAGAGAGAGAGAGAGAGAGAUCUCGAAUCUGGGAUCUGUAAUUAAGCAUGGAAUUGAGCCCACGAAGUCCUGAAGCAAAAUUAGGACUGAAAGUGGAGGAUUUAUGGGAAAUUCAAGAGCCUCAAUUGACACCGUCGGAGAAGCUAAACUCCUGCUUCGAAAGCAUCCCCGUCUCCUCAUUUCCCCCAGCCCCUUCUUCUGAAGUAAUUGAGAUUAACUCGGAUUCCAGUCUGGCUGAGGCUGUCAGAAUACUAUCUGAACACAAAAUCCUGAGUGCACCUGUACGGAAUGUUGAGGCACCAGAAGAUGCUAGUUGGAUUGACAGAUACAUCGGCAUUGUAGAGUUUGCAGGAAUUGUUGUAUGGCUUUUGCAUCAGUCUGAAGUUGCAGCUACGACAAUGGAUGGAAGCUUUUUUGAGAAUCUGGCUUCUUCUGAGUUCUACAAGGAUACAAAGGUUGGAGACAUCUCAGGGACAUUCCGUUGGGCCCCAUUUCUUCCCCUGCAGAAAUCUGAUAGCUUUUUGACGAUGUUGUUGCUUCUAUCCAAAUACAAAAUGAAAAGCCUUCCUGUGGUUGACCUGGGGGAACAAAAGAUUGAUAACAUCAUCACUCAAUCGGCUGUUGUUCACAUGCUGGCAGAAUGUGUUGGGCUUCAUUGGUUUGAGAAUUGGGGAAAGAAAAAACUCUCUGACCUCAGCCUUCCAAUUAUGAAGCCAAAUCAAUUAAUCAAGGUGCAUGAAGAUGAACCAGUUAUCAAAGCAUUUAAACUGAUGAGAGAGAAGGGAAUUGGGGGGAUUCCUGUGGUCGAAGGUGGAGGAACAAAGGCAAUUGGCAAUAUAAGCAUCAGAGAUGUUCAGUUCCUACUAACUGCUCCAGAAAUAUAUAAAGAUCACAGCUCCACCACCGCUAAGAACUUCCUGACAUCAGUUCGAAAGUAUCUGGAAGAUCAUCACGAUGCUUCUCCUAUGUUGCGUGGAACAAUUACAUGUAGAAGGGACAACACGGUUAAAGAAGUGAUUCUGAAGCUUGACUCUGAGAAAAUACAUCGAAUUUAUGUUGUGGACAAUGAUGGGAACCUGGAAGGGGUGAUUACUCUGAGAGAUAUUAUCUCGAAGCUAGUGCAUGAGCCCCCUCACUACUUUGGUGACUUCUUUGAUGGUGUUGUGCCACUUCCUCUGAACAGCAGGGUUUGAAAGGACCUAAUUCCGUGUGUUGACCGUUCCUGUUUUCCACCACUGAUGAAUAUUCCGUUUUCACAUCACCUGCCUCUUGUAUGAAUUUUAUACUGGUCUUUGGUCUAUAAUUGGAGACAUUGUAAAUCUAAUUGUACUCAUGAAGGUAGGUAUGCUCUUUUUUUUUUGGUUCGA